AUGUUAUUCUCCAUACUUGGUAUCGCGAACGACACGAAUCUCUCCAUCUUUGAAGAUUCCCAGUCGUCUGUGCCGGGCACCGGAAAUGGAAGCUCCGCCAUUGCUCUCGCGGAUGACGUAGAAGCUGAAGGGAAGUCACUGAAUGAGCCACUGUGGCGGACUUUGUUGGUGAGCGACGACACGAGAGCUUUUUUUGAGCUGCUGAACUACGUCAUCAUCGUUGACGUGGUGUGCACGUUUGGUGUACUCAGCAACAUCCUCAACAUUGUGGUCUUUGUCAAACUCGGGCUGAAGGACACCGUCAAUAUUGCCUUUUCAGGGUCCCCAAAAACCGACCUGGGCUCGGUCCUGAGCCUGCUAUGGGCCAGCGUCUGCCGCAACCCGCUGCUACUGGCCUGGGAGGGCGGGAAAGCGCGCCAACUGGACUACCUGGGCGUGCAGUACCUGACCGCCAGCUGGCCACAGGGAGUCUUUUUCCGGGUCAUUCAGUUUAUCACAGGGUUUUUGGGCGGGGAGAAAGGGCUGGGGGUGGCCUUUUCCCCGCAGGCUUCCCGCGCAGGGGAGUGUUUCCAACCGGAGGCCCGUCCCGUCAAAAGUCUGGUGACCCCCAGGAGAACAAAGCUGGCGGUCCUGACCAUCUACGUGACCAUGUUGUCUGCCGUUAUUCCCGCCUUCUGCUCCAUGCACUUCCGGCAGACGGUCGACCUUGAAACAAACACGACUCUCCUCCGACUUGUCUAUAUCACGCCAGACGGGCAGGCGUUGGAAGGCAUCUCGUUCGCCAUCAACAAUUUCUGCUUGCUGACGUCAUUUCUUAUCGUGGUCACGUGCACAGCGAUUUUAGUCCGGAAGUUGACCGUGAAAACAAAAUGGCGCAUGCAGACGGCUUCCGGUGACGUCGACAAAAAGGAAGCCAUAGCGCGAAAGGACGAAAAGGUGGUGAAGAUGGUGGUGAUCAUCUGCGUCGUUUUCGUCGUCUGCUACAGCCUGAGCUCAGUCAAUAUGGCACUCAUGUUGUUUCUCCCCGACUAUAGCGUCGUCGGGCCUUACAGAAAUAUCUUCCAGGUCGUCUGGUCUUUCAUCGACACGCUAGAGGGCGUCAAUUCCAGCGUGAACAUUUUCGUCUAUUUCAAGAUGAGUUCAAAGUUCAGGAGGAUGUUUAAGAACACUUUCUGUUGCAGAACAGAGUUGAAAUGA